GUCAUCACUGCCUCCAUCUGCUUAGCCUGCUACCCCGCCAUAAAGAAGGCAAUAACGGCCCUAACCCUUCUUACAUCUUACGUCCGACAAUUGGAAAUCACGUUGCAAGGAAAUAAAGAUUUCCUUCCAUUUGACUUUUAUAAAAAUAAGUCAACAUUGGUGAAACGGCGAAAAAGUGAUUUGCUUGUUGCCGCUAGUGAUUGCAUUCUUCCGACUAGGUCUUGCUAGUUUGAUAUUGUGCCUCCGGCAUCUCUAUGUUAAGGCCCUGCCGACUUAAAAUUUGCCCCUCGCCGUGGGUUUUGCACCGUUUUGCAGCGGCCAACUCCACCAUCUUUAAUUAACUUCCAGUCAUAUUGUGAAGCACACACACAUCUUCAUACCUUCAUAUUCAUAUUCUCUCGUACAACUUCGCCGAUUGUAACGAGGGAUUAUUAGUGUCUAAUAAUUAUCUAGGUAUUAGACAAUUAUUUUAUUAAAUAUUUAUAUUCCUCUAAUAUCAACAAGCCGCGACAUACCCAACCGCAAACAUGCCGCCUAAGAAGAAGGGAAAUAAAAAAGCAGCUGAUGACUGGGAAGCGGAAUUGGGCGAGUCGAUAGCACCUGCAAAUGGAGACGGCACCGCUCCUGCUGCUGGAACCCCCGAGGAGAAUAAUGAGGAGGGCGAUGCACCUGUUGGUGGCCUGAUGGCCAUGAUGAAGAAGAACAGGGAAAAGAGAAAGAAGAAGGGCCUGUCGGAGGACUUCGUUGACGGCGGCGACGCUUCCACCACCGAACCCACACCUGAUGUGGCAGCCAAAGCCCCCGAAGAAGCAAACAUAGAAGAUGAGUUCGCACUACCUGAAAAGAAAGGAAAGGGUGGAAAGCAAAAUAAACAACCAGCUGCUAAGGCUGCUGCGGCUGCGGCUGCGGCUGCGGCUGCGGCAGAUGGCGAAGAGACGGGAGAAGGCGGAAGGAUACUAACUAAGGCCGAGAAGGAAAAGUUGAAGAAGGAAAGAGAAAAGCAGAGGAAAAAGGAACAGGCCGCGAAGAAGAAGACACCUACACCCGCCCCUGCCCCUAAGGCUGCUGAGGCCACGAAGCCUGUCGUGGAAGAGAAGAAAGAUACCCCUGAACCAGCGCCAGCAGCCGAGCCAGCUGGAGGCAAGAAGGGGAAAAAACUCCCCCCACACCUGUUAGCUCUUCAGAAACAGCAGGAAGAGUUACGACGGCAGCGAGAGGAGGCCGAGCGUCUUGCGGUUGAAGAAAAAGCCAGAUUAGAAGCUCUCGAGCGGGAAGAAGCUGAAGCGGCCAAGCGAAAAGAGGAAGAGAAAGCUCGGAAGAAGCAAAAAGAGAAGGAAAAGAUUGAACAGCUAAAGAAGGAAGGAAAAUUCCUUACCAAGGCACAAAAGGAAGAGAAGGCAAGAAAUGAGAGAAAGCUUCAGCAGAUGCUUGCUGCUGGUAUUAAGGUUGGUCCUUCUGGAGACGGCGAGGAGAAAAAGAAGAAGGUCGUCUACGACAAGAAGCGUGGAAAGAAGAAUGAUCAAAAGGUCGACGAGGAAAAGGCCUUAGCCGAAGCUGCUGAACGAGCUAAACAACAGGCUGAAGCUGCAGCAAGGGAGGCUGAGAAAAAGGCCGCUGAAGAAGCUGCCAAGGCCGAGGCAGCCGCCAAAGCUGCCAAACAAAAACAAGCCGAAGAAGAAGAUAUUGAAGAGGAUUGGGAAGCCGCCGCUGCUGCUGAGGAGACGGAGAAGGUAAAGGAUAGCUGGGAUGCUGAAACAGACGAGGAAGGGGAGACGCCAGCAGCACAAGCCGAACAAGGAAAGGCUAUACCUUCUCGACCCAAACCUGGAUCUGAAGAAUCUGAAUCUGAGGAUGAAUCCUCUGAGGACGAAGUACAGACUGCGGCACAGGCUGCAGAAGCUCAGCGAAAGAAAGAGGCUGCUGAGCGACGGGAGAAGGCCCAUCAAGCCGCUUUGGCUGCAAGGUCCAAGGAUAACCUCCGUUCUCCAAUUUGUUGUAUUCUUGGACACGUCGAUACAGGAAAGACGAAGUUGCUGGACAAGAUCAGACAGACCAACGUCCAAGAAGGCGAAGCUGGUGGUAUUACACAACAGAUUGGUGCCACAUAUUUCCCUGUCGAUGCCAUCAAGCAGAAGACAGCUGUGGUCAAUCCGGAUGGUAAAUUCGAAUUCAAGGUCCCGGGUCUAUUGAUUAUUGAUACGCCUGGUCACGAGUCCUUCUCUAACCUUCGAUCCCGAGGUUCCUCGCUCUGUAACAUUGCCAUCUUGGUUGUUGACAUCAUGCACGGUCUCGAGCCUCAGACACUUGAAUCUAUGAAACUACUCCGGGAUCGAAAGACCCCUUUCAUCGUCGCACUCAACAAAAUCGAUCGACUCUAUGGAUGGAAGAAGGUUGAUAACAACGGCUUCCAAGAAAGUUUGGCACUUCAGAACAAGGGUGUUCAGAAUGAAUUCAGAAACCGAUUAGAGCAGACAAAGCUUGCUUUUGCCGAGCAGGGUUUCAAUGCUGAACUCUACUACGAGAACAAGUCCAUGGCCAGAUAUGUGUCGCUAGUACCAACCUCAGCUCACACCGGAGAGGGUAUUCCCGACAUGCUGAAGCUAAUCAUCCAACUAACUCAAGAGAGGAUGGUGGGAUCCCUCAUGUACCUAUCCGAAGUUCAGGCAACUGUUCUUGAAGUCAAGGCUAUCGAAGGAUUUGGUAUGACUAUUGAUGUUAUUCUAUCCAACGGUAUUCUUCGGGAAGGCGAUCGGAUAGUAGUGUGCGGUGUGGAGGGAGCCAUUGUAACCAACAUCCGCGCACUAUUGACGCCAGCUGUCAUGAAGGAAUUGCGCGUCAAGUCUCAAUAUGUCCACAACAAAGAAGUUAAGGCAGCCAUGGGUGUGAAGAUCAGUGCACCCGGUCUCGAGGGUGCUAUCGCCGGUUCGCGACUGCUUGUAGUUGGCCCUGACGACGACGAGGACGAUCUUGCGGAGGAGGUUGAGUCCGAUCUUAACAAGCUAUUCAGUCGCGUUGCCACAACUGGCCGCGGUGUCAGCGUGCAAGCUUCGACACUAGGUUCUCUUGAAGCGUUACUUGAUUUCUUAAAAGACUGCAAGAUCCCAGUGGCAAACGUUGGAAUCGGUCCUGUUUUCAAACGAGACGUUGUUCAAUGUGCAACUAUGCUUGAGAAGAACCCGGAUUAUGCCGUUAUGCUUUGCUUCGAUGUGAAGAUCGACAAGGAAGCACAAGCGUAUGCAGAUGAGAACGGUAUCAAGGUUUUCACUGCCGACAUCAUUUACCAUCUCUUUGAUGCUUUCACGAAGCAUAUGGAGGAGCAGCUGGAGAAGAAAAAGGAAGAAUCCAAGAUGCUUGCAGUCUUCCCUUGUGUCCUCAACACUGUGGCUGUCUUCAACAAGACAAGCCCUAUUGUUAUUGGUGUUGACGUGGUGGAUGGGAACCUCAAGGUUAAUACGCCAAUUGCUACCGUGAAACAAAACCCAACAACUGGCGCCAAGGAGGUCAUUAGCCUAGGCAGAGUGACAUCAAUCGAGAGAGACCACAAACAGAUACCGGUUUGCAAGAAAGGUCAACCCUCAGUAGCUAUCAAGAUCGAAAUGGGCGGUCACCAACCCACAUAUGGCCGACAACUAGAGGAGAAAGAUGUCCUCUACAGUUUAAUUUCCCGAGCCAGUAUCGACACACUCAAGGAGUUCUACCGCAAGGAAGUGUCGAACGAGGAAUGGCAACUUAUUAUCAAGCUCAAGCCUCUGUUUGAUAUCAACUAGAGCAAGUCGAGUGUGGUGUUAAUAGGAGAGAUUAGGACUGAGAUACGAAUGUGCAUUUAAGACGGCUCAUGAACACAUGGGAGCGUAGCAUUUUUCUGCUUGUAUUUUUGAAGUCGACGCCAGAGAGGGCACAAAACGGUGCGGUAUAUGGACUGGGUUCUCAAGCAUUCUAGAAUGAAGCACGAUGGCUCGAUCUCGACUUACCGGGAUUUAUCGUCUCAUAUGCGAUGUACUUCGUAGGUACUGGGGAAAAUUCAACCGAGUUUGCGGAUGCUUUUACGUCUGCGUUAAGUGAUAGCUAUUUCGACAUUGCUUUAUUGCUAGCAACCUUCGCAAGGAACUCCCUACAGGGCGCCUCGUAAUGUCUUAUCAGCCUUUAGCGUUUGGCCUUUAACCAGUUUAUAGGGGUCUUCCGUAUCUCAAGCACUUAGCAAAUGGGUAAGCUUCGUGUAUCCUCUGGAGUUAUGCUAGUUUUAAAAAAGUGGCCCUCGAACGUAGGAGCUGCCUAACCUAAGAUAUAAUAACAUGGAUGUUGUACGUAUCACUUAAGAAGCCGUUUCUUUUAAUAAUAUAUGUCUAAGACACGGUAGUGUUGC